AUGUACCUCUCUCUCGUCUCGCUGGCUGCUCUCGUAGCCUCUGCGGUAGCGCAGAGCGCCAGUACAUACUCUCAACUGUUCUGCAAGACUCAGUUGAAGCCUCAGCAGGGCGGUGGAGGCACCACAACGAAGUCCACGACCCUCCAUUUUACAGAGACAGUCCGUUCUGUGUUUACUCCAACGACCACAAUCAUUCCAAAGAGCGCCACUAUCUCGACACGGAUUACCGUGUCGAAGACAAGUACCACGACUUUGCCGCAAACAACGAAUACCUUUUCCACGACUUUAUCUUUUACGGAUACAUCUACCGUGUCCACCACGGUAAUUUCGACAACGAUGCCCAUCAUUACAGAAGUCAUUACAAGCACUCUCGAUACGACCACGAUCGCUGCAUCUUCUGGCUUCAUCCCACUCUCCUCCGCUUUGGCUGCUUCUGGCCAUUCUGUUGCGAAACGACGAGCCAUGCGGGACCGCGUCAGGGAUGUUGAGCCUGUUGCUAUGGAGGAGCGUGCAAGCCAGCAGAAGAUCAUCUGCGGUUCAGAUGGUAGCAUAUCCUACGAUCCACCUCAGUACUGGGGCAAGGUUACCUGCUACAAGCGAGUAGAGAUUGUUAGCACCGAGGUCAUCACAUCGACUGCCAAGAAGACCAAAACAAUUAUUGCUCCUCGCGGGACUGUCACUCAAACUUCGUUCACGACGACGACGACCACCAUCACCGAAACUCCAAUUGCAGCAUCAACGACCAUCAGUAUAUCUACCACGCAGACCAUUACCAGCAUAUCAACAAUCUCUUCAACAACCACGAUUCCGGUCACCACAACUUCGACUUCUUUUGCUCCGCAGCCAACAACCUAUGCAGCCUGCGCUCAGAACAACAUCGUCUCCUUCGUCGAUAGCAAGCGAAUCUUCAACAUCGUGACCACGGAUCCUGAUAAUGGCUUCUCCUUCGGCAACGCCACCACAGACGCGUACUCUUGCUGCGUGCAAUGCGUCCAAAACGGCAACUGUGGAGGCUCGACAUACCAUCCAGCCAGUGGGACAUGCUAUUUCUUCCCACUCGCCGGAGCAACCUGCGACGCCACAGCAGAUACGGGUAGUUUCAGCACACAAACGGGCAGUAAUGUGGGAUUCGUAGUGUCUAACAGUAACUGCGGCGAGGUGCACCUAGCGUGA